UCGAACCAGGAACUGGAUGUAUAAAACGAGAGAGCUUAACUGUGAGAGAACGUGAGGAGAAGAAAGCAAUUGCCAGGCCACGACCACAUAGCAAUACUCGUAUUGCAAACCACACAAGAUAUGUGAAAAUCGGAUUGGGAAAUUUAGGCUGUCGGAGUGCAUUCAUUUCAUUCCGAAUAUAUUUGAUUAGUGGUAAACAAUGAUUCUUAAACAUUUGAGGCAAAACAUCAUCAAGUAUUCCAAUGUACGUUAUGUGAACAACAGCGCACCAAUCGUUGCGAUUCGAAGAGAAGACAACGUGGUUUGGGAAAGACGAGCCCCACUAGCGCCCUCUCAUGUUCGAAAACUUGUUCAUGAUGGGAUCAAAGUUUUGGUUCAACCUGCGAACAAAAGAGCUUUUCCAGUUCAGGAAUACGUCUCAGUUGGUGCAACCAUUCAAGAAGAUUUGAGCGAGGCUUCGGUAAUACUUGGUGUCAAACAAGUUCCAGUCGACUGUUUACAAGCGGAUAAGACUUAUAUAUUCUUUUCACAUACUAUCAAAGCACAAGAUGAAAACAUGCCAAUGUUGGAUGCUAUUCUUGAAAGGAACAUUCGUUUAAUUGAUUAUGAAAUGAUGGCAGAAGCAAAUGGAAUGAGAGUGGUUGCAUUUGGUCAAUAUGCUGGUUCAGCUGGUAUGAUCAACAUAUUGCAUGGAAUGGGCUUACGACUUCUUGCACUUGGACAUCAUACACCACUUAUGCACAUUGGUAUUGCACAUAAUUACCGAACAUCUGGCCAAGCUAUUCAAGCAGUGAGAGAUGCUGGAUAUGAAAUCUCACUGGGAAGGUUACCCGAGUCCAUUGGACCACUCACUUUUGUUUUUACUGGCACUGGCAAUGUUUCUCAAGGAGCACAAGAAGUGUUUAAGGAACUUCCUCAUGUUUAUGUUGAACCUCAUGAACUGAAGAAUGUUGCUCAGCAUGGAGAUGCAAGUGUUGUGUAUGGGUGUAUUGUUGAUAUGCACGAUCAUUUAAGAAGGAAAAGUGAUGGUGGGUUUGAUAUGCAAGAAUAUUUCAACAAACCUCAACUUUAUGAAUCUGUGUUUGCGAAGGAGAUUGCACCUUAUGCUUCCUGUAUCAUGAGAUGCAAGCUGGAGCAAUGUAUGCGACAUCUUCACAAAAUCAUAAAGUUCUUGUGUUGGGGGCCGGGUUUGUUUCUGCUCCAUUGAUUGAUUAUUUGACAAAACAUAAUGACACUGCUGUAACUGUGGCGUCCAAUAUUAAGCAAGAAGUGAAGAAUAUGAGUGGAAAGUUCAAACACGCGAGUCCGAUUGUUCUCGAUAUUCUGAAGGAAACUGAUCGACUUACUGAGCUUGUUAAAGGUCAUGACCUCGUUAUCAGUUUACUCCCACACACAAUCCAUCCACCAAUUGCAAAGUUAUGCAUUGAAAAUAAGAAGAACUUCGUCACAGCAAGUUAUGUCUCACCUCAGAUUAAAGAGCUUGAAAAAAGUGCAUUGGAUGCUGGUAUAUCAAUAGUAAUGGAGGUUGGGGUGGAUCCAGGUAUUGAUCACAUGUUGGCCAUGCAAUGUUUCCAUGACAUCAAGGAAAGAGGGGGAAAUGUGAGUUCAUUCGUAUCAUGGUGUGGUGGUUUACCUUCACCUGAAGAUUCGGAAAAUCCAUUGAAAUAUAAAUUCAGCUGGAGCCCUGCUGGUAUGUUGCAGUCUGCAAUGGCUGGUUCAAGAUAUUUGAAAGAUGGAAAAGUUAUUGAAAUGGCUGAGGGUGGCGACAACUAUAAAUAUGGCAGGCAAGAUAUUUCCUUCAUGCCUGGAUUCCAUUUGGAAGGUUUUCCCAACCGUGAUUCAAUCAAAUAUAAAGAUCAAUAUGAGAUACAGGAAGCAGAUACUGUGUUUCGUGGAACACUGAGAUAUGAUGGUUUUGUAGAUUCUAUCAUUGGUUUACAACAACUUGGAAUUGUAUCGAGUGAAAUGAACUCCAUGCUUGAUGAAGACUCACCUGAUAUAUCUUGGAAACAAUUUAUCUCUCACAUCCUUGGUGGUGGUUCGGAUAUUUCUGAGGAAGAUUUACAACAAUUGGUUUAUAAAUGUGUGGAUGAGAAUGAUCACAGACUACAAACCAUAAUUGGUCUUGGAUUAUUGAGUGAGAACAUCGUUCCAAAACUUAAAUCUCCUUUACAAUCCCUCGCUGCCCAUCUCGCCACCAAACUUACUUACGGUAACGAUGAACGUGACAUGAUUGUUCUUCGUCAUGAAGUUAUUGGUCAGUUCAAUAAAGGAAAAACUGAGCAUCAUAACAUUGAUCUGGUUGUUUAUGGUGAACCAGCAGGCUACACUGCAAUGGCAGCAACUGUGGGCUACCCGUGUGCCAUUGCUGCACGUAUGGUAUUGCUGAAUAAAAUUGAAACAAAAGGUGUAGUAACUCCACUGAAAAAAGCUGUGUACAAACCUUUAUUGAAAGAGCUGAAACGUCUCGGAAUCAAACCAAAGAUCAGCAUUACCACUAACUGAUGUUAUGUCCUGACACAAUGUUGAUAUUUACUUCAAACUAUAAAUUACACAAUCUUCUAUAACUGUGUUUGUUAGAACGUUGCACGAUCACACCAUAUGCCUGAUAUUGCUUUACUAUUAUACACAAUUUUAAGUUGAAUCUUUUGCAAAAAUUGUUUUAUGCCAUUUAUUUACCUUGUGGCCUUCAAUCGUGUUAUUUGUAAAUGAAAUAAAUCUAUAGUGAGGAGGAGUAAGAA